GCCCAAGUAAAGAAUUUGGGAGAGUAGUAUUGGCAGAAAUGGCACUGACAGUUUCAGCGUCAUCGUUCUCUCCGUUUCUUCGUUCGAUCCCGAACUCUAGGCCUUCCACCUUUGCGUUGAUUAGAUCCUCUUAUUCUCCCGCAGCGUCGCCGUCGUUGAUGGAGAUGGAAACCAGAAAAGUAGUCGUUUGCGGCGGAGGAGUGAUCGGAGUCUGCACCGCGUACUUUUUAGCCAAGAAAGGGGCGGCAGUCACUCUCGUCGAGAAAUCCGCCAUCGCAUGCGCUGCCUCGGGCAAGGCCGGCGGCUUCCUCGCCCUCGACUGGUGCGACGGCGGACCCCUGUCCACUCUCGCUCGCGCAAGCUUUAAUCUCCACCGCUCUCUUUCACAGGAGCUCGAUGGCCCUAAAUCGUACGGUUACAGAGCCCUAACCACUCUCAGCCUUACGAUUUCCGAAUCGCAAAACCCUUCCACUCCCUCUACUUCCACUUCUAAAUCCACCGGCGACUCCGCCGUACCUCCGUGGGUCGACGGCCCCGCUCGGAAUACGAGAACCAUCGGAAAUACGGAAACGACGGCACAAGUGCACCCGCAGCUCUUCACUCGGACCCUCAUAUCCAAUGCAAUCGAAAAUUACGGCGUGGAGGUUGUGACCGGGAAAUUGCAGAGGAUUACGUCGGAGGGCGGAAAAGUUGAAUCGGCGGUGCUUGAGGACGGCCGAGUAAUUUACGCUGAUGCGGUGGUUCUGGCAUUGGGACCGUGGUCUGGGAAAUUCGAGGCGGUAUCGUCGCUGUUUAGAGUGUACGGCCUCAAAGCGCACAGCAUAAUUUUGGAACCUAAAGAUCCUGAAGCCAUUACUCCGCAUGCUCUGUUUCUGGGUUACUAUCCAGCCCAGGGAGGAAAACCCUUAGACCCGGAGGUGUAUCCUCGUCCCACUGGGGAGGUGUACGUGUGCGGGAUGUCGGCGGUGGAGGAAGUGCCGGAGGAUCCAGAGGAAAUCGCAGCCAAUCCAGAAUCGAUAAGCGUUCUAAAGAGGGUUGCGAAGACUGUGUCGAGCCGAUUGGGGGAAGGGGAGGCGGAUUUGAAGGCAGAGCAGGCAUGCUUCUUGCCAUGCACGGAUGAUGAUUUGCCGGUGAUCGGCGAGCUUCCGGGGACAAAAGGGUGUUAUGUGGCGACUGGUCACAGUUGUUGGGGAAUUUUGAAUGGGCCUGCAACUGGGGCGGCCAUGGCUGAGCUUGUUUUGGAUGGAGAAUCCGCCAUUGUCGAUCUUAGUCGAUUCAGUCCAGCGAGGUUUGUGGGACAAAGAAGGAAACAUUGAUAAUGAAGGAGCAGGUUUGGGUGAUGGGGGAUUGUCUCAGUUUCUUCCGUUCUCUUGAAUCUCUUUGAAGCUAUUCUGUAUGUGAAGGUUCAUGGAAUGCAAAUUCCAUUGUACAGCACUUCAAGUCCAUGCCUUACUUUUCAUUUUUCGUUGAUUUUGUUUAAUAAAACACUCUUGGUUUGGUAAUUCACCAUUUAUUUUGUCUUU